CGUCCGGGAGGUGGAGUCGGCGGGGCGGGCGGCUUCAGCGCUCCACGGCUACCGGGCAAGGGGAGAGCACGGCAGUGGGAGCCUAGCGCCACCGGGAGCCGCCCGCCCGCCCCCAGCUCAGUCCGUCUGUCCCCGGGGAGCCGUCGCCGGAGCCUGCUGCAGCCACCGGCAGGUUAACCAGCCUGGAUCACAGUGCUAGUGACCUGAAACAAGGACCCUUACUGAUGCAUGUUUAGUACGACCUGACUUCUUGAGGAGAACAAGUAUUUCUCUGAAGGCCUGUCUCCUCAAAGCAGCACACAGGAAGAAUUGGAUCAAGGAGGCUGAACACCAUGGAGGGAGACUGUCUGAGCUGCAUGAAGUACCUGAUGUUUCUUUUCAAUUUCUUUAUAUUUCUGGGAGGAGCAUGCCUGCUGGGAGUUGGGAUCUGGGUCAUUGUGGAUCCCACAGGUUUUCGAGAGAUAGUGGCUGCCAACCCUCUGCUCUUCACGGGAGCGUACAUCAUGCUGGCUAUGGGAGCGAUGCUCUUUCUGCUGGGUUUCCUUGGCUGCUGUGGUGCCAUCCGUGAGAAUAAAUGCCUCCUUCUUUUUUUCUUCCUGUUUAUUUUAUUAAUCUUCCUGGUGGAGCUUUCAGCUGCAAUCCUGGCUUUUAUCUUCAGAGAAAAUCUGACCCGAGAGUUUUUCACCAAGGAGCUGAAGAAGCAUUACCUGAGGAAUAAUGACACGGACGUCUUCUCUUCCACCUGGAACUCUGUUAUGAUCACAUUUGCCUGCUGUGGAGUGAAUGGACCAGAAGAUUUUGAAGCUAUCCCUCAUCUUGCACACUCCUCUCUGGAAAAGGUGACACCGGAGGCUUGUUGCCAGCGAGAGCUCCAGAGCCGGGAAGGGAUGUUUGUUGACAAGGAAGCCUGCCUCAGAGGUAUCGAGAGAUUUCAGAACCAACAGGGCUGCUACACUGUGAUCCUGAACUCCUUUGAGACCUAUGUGUACCUUGCAGGAGCCCUUGCCAUCGGAGUGUUGGCCAUUGAGCUGUUUGCCAUGAUCUUUGCUAUGUGUCUCUUUCGAGGGAUCCAGUAAAAGGUGGCCCAUGAACUACCACGUUCCCCACGUACUCAGAAGAAAGAAGGAAAAUCAGAAGAAACAAAACCUGAAAACACCCAAAAAACUUUAUUUUUUUUUAACAAAAUGGGUUAGGGGGGGAAAAAAGUAAAAAAAAAAAACAAAAGAGGGUUGUAAUAUAUGAAUGACCAAAAGGAUUGUACUUCAGGGGCUGGAACUUUGAGGUGAUGUGCACUACACUGUACACCGGACCCUUGCCCAGAGCCACCAACAGCAGCAAUGGAGCAGGAGCCCAGCGCAGCUGAUUGCACUAGUGACUGACAGAGCCGGCGAUGGGGCAUGGGAGGAUGAGCACAGCUGCCUCUCCUGCAAGGCUGUGCCUACCAUUCACAACUUUAUCAUGUUUUAGACAGCAAAAGACUGAAAAACAGCCAGGGAGGAGCUGGAUAAGGCAACAGGUUGGCCAAAGUCUGUGACUGUCCAGGUGGGUCUGAAACAAUCGGUGGUGGCUCAUCUAAGAAGUAGGUGGUCAUUGUUUGGGAAAUUCUGGCUUUAAUGCCCAGCCACAGAAUGAAAACACACAUUCUUCAGUGGAAGGUUUGCCCCUAUCAUCUGAAACAUGUCAGAGAAGUCAGGCACUUCAGUGAGGCUGGCUUUUCUCUGGAGCCUCAAGCAGGGGCAGCGUCAUCUCACUUAGCAAUGGGACUCACCUAAGGCUGGCUGAUGGUCAAGGGUUUGGUGCCUGCCUUUCUGUUUUUACUAAGAUUUACUGUUCCUUAUUGUGAAAAAGAGAGAGAGAAAAUGGUUCCCUGCUGUGUACAUAUUUCCUGGGAAAAAUAACAACUCUGGUCAAGAAUCGC